AAUCCAAACUCUAAAACCACAAAUGUUUUCAAAUUGGACAAAAAACCAUGGCUACUUUCUUCAUGGAAAAUGAUGCUUUAGCCACAGAAGCUCGUUAUGCCCCUGUAACUUAUGAAAGAAAGGUUAGAAGUGACCUUGAAACCACUCUUCCAAAGCCAUAUUUGGCAAGAGCAUUGGUAGCACCUGACACAAGUCACCCAACUGGAACACCAGAACAUAAACAUUACAACCUGAGUGUUCUUCAGCAACAUGUUGCUUUUUUUGACCAAGAUGAUAAUGGAAUCAUUUACCCUUGGGAGACUUACUCUGGUCUGCGUGCUAUUGGUUUCAAUGCCUUUGCUUCUCUUAUCAUAGCCAUUAUUAUCAAUGCUGCUCUUAGUUAUCCAACUCUGCCUGGAUGGUUCCCAUCUCCUUUCCUUCCAAUAUAUAUUCACAACAUUCACAAAGCCAAGCAUGGUAGUGAUUCUGGAACAUAUGACACAGAAGGAAGGUACAUGCCAAUUAAUCUAGAAAAUGCAUUUAGCAAAUAUGCACUUACAGUCCCUGACAAAUUGAGCUUUGGUGAGCUUUGGAACAUGACAGAGGCAAACAGACUUGCAUUUGACCCAUUUGGCUGGGCUGCAAGUAAGUUGGAAUGGGGAUUGUUGUAUGUUCUAGCCAGAGAUGAAGAGGGUUUUCUCUCUAAAGAAGCAGUGAGGAGAAUGUAUGAUGGAAGUUUGUUUGAGUAUUGUGCUAAGCUCAAUCUGGGUGAUGAAGAUAAAAUGUACUAAUGCUUCUAAAAUUAUGUAUAAUAUAUUUAGAGAAGUGUGUAGUUGCAAGUGGAAUAAUUUUGAGAGGAAAGUUAAGAAGUCAAAACCAUUUUUAAGUUUAGUUCAUGUUUAAAGUGUGCUUGUUAUGUAACUAUGUUUAUAUCAUCUUCCAUUGUAUUGUUUUAGAUUUUAAUGUAAAAGCUUUGCCAAAUAUUUAUUAAGAGAGAAA